GAGGUGCAGGGUGCGAGUCCCGGCGUGCCCCGCGCGCACCGGCUCCCGGCGUGCCCCGCGCCCGCCCUGCCGCGUCCCGCGCCUGGAACAGCCCCGGGUAGCACCGGUCCGGCCCUGUCGCAGCCCCUGGCAGGCGCUGUGGUUCCUCUCAGUGUUCGCUGUUGUACUUCCCGCGCUCUGGCUGCUUAUCAGCCCGCCGUUCCCUCACACCUCUCGCCACUGAUACUGUAGAUCUUCGUCUGUAUCUGAACUAAGGGUAAAAACGUGUUAACCUUCAAAAUAACGCCACAAAUGUCACUGAAGAGAGUAAGGCUGCUGGCAGGGCUAGGAAGGGAAAGAAAAUGUGGAGAAGAUUGCAUAUCGUGUGUACCUGUGAGCGUGCUGUGGCACAGCGGAGCUGUGAGGCCACAGCGCCCUGUGGCAGCGGCGACGCUCUGUGCUGACCCGCCCGUGCGGCUGCUGAGGAGAGGCCUGCACCGAGCCACCGAGCCUGCUGCUGCUUUCUGCGGGCUGUGGCGUAACACUGUGCUGCGCAGAAGCACAGCCAUGGCGUGUCCUGGCCUGUGUGGAAUCUGCUCCUGAGACAGCGAUAUUUUCAGCGCAACAGUAAGCUGUCAAAAACUGCCUUGCUUCUUCUCCAGAAGGAUCAUAAACUUUACAACCGAAAUUACUGGGAAGCUGAUGGGGAUUUGUAAUGCAUGUGCCAAGGAGCUGCGGGGUGACUGGAGGAGAACGGAGGACCGGAGCUGUGCAGCACACAUCCCCCAGCAGCUGCUGGCACCAGAAGAGGAUGAGAAGCACGAGAAGCUCCGCCUGGAGCGGGAGCAGGAGCAGCGGAAGGCCAGUGUGCCGCGGGCCAACCAUGCCGUCCCCCCAGAGGAGCCACGGGGUGAGCUGCUGGUGCCCAUCUCGCCGCCUGCCCCGGCCCCUCCACCACCUCCGCCGCUGGCGGCCCCCAUCUCAGUCAUCCCCAUCCCGGUGGUUACCAGCCCGCCGCAGCCCGCUGCCCAGGCCGCCCUGUCCCCGCCGCUGGCUCAGCGCCAUCCGCCCCUCGUGAGCACUCCCGGCAUCACCAAGGAGCCGUCCUCCGUGGCCCCGGUCAUCCAGCGGCCGCCGGGCACGCUGCUGCCGGACGGGAAGGCGGGCACACCGCCUGCGGGCAGCCCGAAGCAGCUGCAGCACUACGCGGCGCCCGUCCUGGCCAUCUCGCAGCACCAUGUGGUCCCGCAGCCCAUCCAGCCCCAGCCCAUGCCUCACCCGGCCCCUCCACUCGGUGCCCUGAAGCUGGCUCCAGCAGAGGAUGUGAAACCCAGCGAGCAGAAGAAGAGGCCUGGAGGGGUUGGGACCAGGGAAGUACAUAAUAAAUUGGAGAAAAACAGACGUGCACAUUUGAAAGAAUGCUUUGAGACAUUAAAACGCAACAUCCCCAACGUAGACGACAAGAAGACCUCAAACCUCAGCGUCCUAAGGAGUGCCUUGCGAUACAUCCAGACUUUAAAGAGAAAGGAAAAAGAAUAUGAGCAUGAGAUGGAGCGGCUGGCAAGGGAGAAGAUCGCUACCCAGCAGCGGCUGGCAGAGCUGAAGAACGAGUUGAGCCAGUGGAUGGACAUCAUGGAGAUUGACAGGAUUGUUCGACAGACAGUACAGCCAGAGGAUGACCAGGCAUCUACCUCCACAGCGUCAGAGGGUGAAGACAACAUGGAUGAAGACAUGGAAGAUGACAGGCCUGUGAACUCAUUACCAAAACUAGCCCAGCGCCAGCACCCAGAGCUCCUGAAAGCCGUCCCUUCAAACGCUGCUUCCCAUCACCUGGCGGUUUUGCCUCAGCACCUGUCUAUCCAGCAGAAACAGCCCCCAGCCCACGCACAGCCUUCCAUCCAGACACAAGCACUGGUGCAGCCGCAGGCGAUUGUCCCAGCACAGACUCACAUCGUGGCGGCUUCGACAGUGCAAUCGACUGUUAUUGCCCACACCGCCACUACCCACGCUUCGGUCAUUCAGACUGUCAACCACGUCAUUCAGGGUCCACAGACCAAGCACAUUGCUCACAUUGCACCUUCCACGUCCAGCCCUGUGCAACUUACCACUGCUGCUCAGCCUAUCGGCCACAUCACUGUGCACCCAGCCACCAUCAACCACAUGGCCCACCUCGGCCAGCAGCUGCCCAUCUACCCUCAGCCCGUGGCUGUCAGCCAGCCCGUGGUGAGCCACAUCGCUCACACGAUCUCUCACCAGCAAGUGAAUGGAACCACAAGUCUUGGCCAGCAAGCGGUGAUGGCCAAGCCGGCCGUAGGAACCCAAGUUGUCCAUCACCCACAGUUAGUCGGGCAAACGGUCCUAAAUCCAGUAACUAUGGUAACCAUGCCAUCAUUCCCAGUGAGCACACUGAAGCUGGCCUAGACAGGAUCGUCCGAAGGUGAAGUCUUUGUUGGGAACCUUUCCUAAACUCCGUACAUUCCAACCACGUCCGACUCCGCGGGAGGGAGGUGCAGAGCGGCGGGGCGCGGGUGGGCCGUCCUCAGCGCCCAGCCUGGCACGGCGAGAGGGGCCUCUCUGCACUUGAGUUUUGUUAACCUGAGAAAACUUCAGAGACAGUUGUUCAUGGUGAUUUUUUUUCCUUUUAUGUGUAAUCGGUGAAAUAUGGUUAUGAUGUUCUUAAGACUUUAAUUUUCCCCUUUUAUGUGUUGCUUCUUUGUAGAAUAAAUCUGCUGAUCUCUUUAUGGAGACGUUGCGUAGAAUGGGAAAAAAAUCAUAAAAGUCUAUAUUUAUAUAUAUGUGUGUAUGUGUGUGUAUAUAUAUGUAUAUACAUAUAUAUAUAAAUAUAACAUUUGAAGAAGGCCUUUUGUAAGGUUGAUUAUUUUGCAGGAUUAUUAGUCAAAAUUCAGCUCUGGAGGAAGGAGACACAGUGUCCUCUAAGCAAGAAACUUUAAGUUAGAUGGUUUGGUGGACCAGGGUACACAAACAGUGACAAAAAAAAGCAGAUUGAACGUUGGAGAUAUUUCCCAUCAGUAUAUUACAUUUCAAAAACCCAUCUAAAAUCACUGUGACUUGUUAUGGCAUUUUAAGGAAGUUCUCUGUCCUGUUUAAUAAAAGGAAAAGGAAUACACAA